ACCUCCAGUGUCAGAAUAAAAGGCUCUUAAAGACGUAAUAAUGUGUGCAGGAGCCAUCUGUCAGCCCAGCGGGGCCGCUGCUGCUGCUGCUGGGGGACGGGGGCCGUGUGCCUCUGCGCUGCGGCGUGGCCCUUUAAGGAGCUCCAUGUUGUCGCUUCGUGAUGCGUCAACAUAAAAAGCGGAUGAUGCUGUUAUGUAAAACAUGCCAAAGUCAGCCGGAGUUUGCGGGAUCUGCGUUCAGGGCCUCGGCUGCUUUCUAAACUCAUCUGCUGCAGCUUGAAGCGUCACGGGUGGAUUUAUUGGUAUUUUUCCCCCCAUUCCUCGCAGCGUGGAGUUUGGAGCGGGUGAAGGGAAUGAAACAGCCUGCUUCAGCUCAGCUCAGCUCAACAUGAGUCGCCCUCGGCUCGGUUUUCCUCCUUCGUUUGUGGGGAGCUCUUACACCUGACGCAUCUCCGUCCCCCCUUCCCCCUGGAACCGAUCGUGGGUUUAUUGUUAAAGGAUCAAUCCGCUCUUUUCCUGCGUGUUCCGGGGCUGCGAAGCGAUUAAUGCCGACCUGACGCCAUCUGCUGCACAACCUUUGGAUGACGAGAUUUCGGCACAUCUGCUCACUGAUGCUGAGACCAUGGUGAAAGCGCAACAGAGCCAGCCGUUGCAGCGCGGGAAACUGCAGAAGAAGAAUGCUUGCAAGAAGAAAGGGGAACUCAAACAGAAGGGAAAUGUGGGAAAGAAUGAGAUUAUUAAAAAACGAAAGAAGGACCCAAGAGGUUUUUAUCGCGGGAAGCCGACUGGAGGAUUCGGUAAAGGAAAGUCCUUCUCCUGUUGCGUUCUGCUGACCCGUCUGGAUGAGAAACGAGUCAACAAAGAAAAGAAUGCAAAAUAUAAUCUGCAAAAGAGCGUCAAAGACAAAAAGAAAGAGCUCUCUGUUUCAAGAUCGACCAAAUCUGGACUUAUGUCAGCUUCCACCGCCAAUCAGCAAACUCCAGAACCAAAAACCAACCAAGAGGACGCCUUACUCAUGCUAGCUUCCCCGGUUGGCGAGCCUCGCAGGCGGAGAAUGGCCUCCCUGAACGCCGAGGCCGUCAACAGUUUGCUGCUCUACAGAGACGGCUCGAUGAUGGCCGACCUCACAAAGAAAUCACAGCCUUCAGGCGAAGACGCAGACGGGGAUCCAAAAGCCAAAAAUAUUUCUGCAGGAGGGAAAAGAGCCAAAAAACAGAAGGAUCAGGCGGAGAGCAUCGACUGGUUGACUUUGCUAGCACCGACGCCGCGACGUCAGGCAGGCCUCACCGCCGCCACGCUGCUCAAACUCACCGGUUCCCAGUACAAAACCAAACGGCAGAAGAAGACAGAGUCCAAUCAGGGCGGCUCAAACGUUGACCCUGUCUGUGGAGGACCAACGCAGACCAAAACAAGAAAACCGCACUCCAAAUCAAACGAGCCGCUGAAGCACAGAAAACCGGAUGCAGAGUUCCCGGCUCAGUCCAAAAUGAGCUACUGCUGUGGUCAGUGUCAGCCAGGCACCACAGCGGGGCACGGCUUCCAGCGCGGCUCGUCGCUAGGAUUCCCCUUAAAAACAAUCAAAGAGGAGCAGAUGGAGGCAGAAGUCACUUCCUGCUUUUGCUGCUCCCAAGAGAGAUGCGUGGAGUACUGUCACAGACUGGCCCUCUUCCUGGAGGACAAGACCUUUAAGGAGCCGGAGGACGGCUCAAUGUCCGACGUGUUCCACCACCACCACCACCACCAUCACCAUCAUCACCACCACCACCACCACCUCCAGUCGCCCCAUUCUGUCGCCCACCCCGCCGCCAUUACCAUCAGCCCGCACACGUACACUUGCUUCCCGGGCUACUACGUCCACUUCACCCAUCCGGACAGCCCGCCAUCGCCAAUGGCUUUGAGCCCAAGGAGCAGCAAGAGGCCGAAACUGCACCCCAGCGCCGGUCCACAACCCUCAGGGAUCAGACACCCGGUUUACUGCUGCACUUCAGUGGAGGCGUGUUACGGAGAGCCCUGCAGAAUCAAUGGCUACUCCUAUCCCAGUGUGAUUCCUGCCAUCACCAGAGGGGGGUGCCCUUACACCCCCAAAGACUGCGCCAAAUGCAACCAAGGCAUCAAAAGAGAAGAAUACUCGCCGAGUCUCGGUGAUCACCACGGCCCGUCCUUCAUCCCCAUGUGUCCCAGCCCCAGAGUUCUGACUGGCUGCCCCGUUCCCACUGUGCCUCCAGCCGGCCAAUCCGUGGCCCACGUCCAGACGCCACCCUCCAACCCCAGCCGACCACAGCCGCCGCUGCAGGUGGCGAAGGAGUGUCCGCAGAGUGCCAGGCCGCCCAGCAGCGGUUCGAGGUCCGGAGCCCGCGGCGGCCUGGCCGUCCCGCCUCUGAACCGGGACAAGAACCAGAGGCUCAGCGCCGCCUCGGUUGGAGGGCAAACGGUUCCCAAGCAGCCGAAGAACAGCCGGCAAAAAUCCACCAACGGCUGGAGGUCGCUGGGCCAGCCCUUUGAGAAGGAGGUUUUUGUUGUUGGAGAGGAGGCUCCGGUGUUGAGGAAAUGCUUUGAGGGAAUCCGCAGGGACAGCGACGAGAUUCGCGUCAGAGACACUGUUCUGCUGAAGUCUGGGCCCAGAAAGAAGUCUCUGCCUUACGUGGCCAAGGUGUCUGCGCUGUGGGAGGAGCCAGAGUCAGGAGAGCUGAUGAUGAGUUUGUUUUGGUAUUAUCGUCCAGAACACACGCAGGGAGGGCACAACCCCACCUUGCAUUGUGAGAAUGAGAUCUUUGCAUCCCGUCACCAAGAUGUCAACAGUGUGGCCUGUAUUGAAGACAAAUGCUAUGUCCUAACAUUGGCACAGUAUUGUCGAUUUUGUGCCUUGGUAAAGCGCCGCAAGGAGGGCGUCCGCGACAGCGCCGCCUCCCUCGUUGUGCCGCCCGUUCUUAGCAACGCCAUGCCCACCCACCACUGUGUGCCCGAUGACGUCGACCCAGAGCUGGUUCUGUUCUGUCGACACGUCUACGACUUCCGCUACGGACGCCUCCUGAAGAACCUGCAGUAGUACGCGGCUCUGCACAGGACCGGAUCGUGUGACCUUACUGUCAUCCUCCAUGAGUUUUAAUCAGCUACUUACGGGGAAUUUAAAUAGCUUUGAACUGUUUAUGUUUGAACACCAUGCAUUUUGCUCGGCAGUCAUCUGACGUGAUGCAUCAGAGUUAUAUGGCGGUGUGAACGGCCUGUGGUGAUAUAGCAGCUGUCUGAAGAACAUGGAAGUUACUCUGCUGUAAAAAAAAACAAAAAAUGCUGCUGUAGCUCUUAGAAAUGUGACCUUUGACAGAUCUGCAGCUGAUGUUUCAUGUGAGUUUUGUAGCCGUCUGCCUGACGGUUAUCAGAUAGCUCUGAUCAUUUUUACCACAUCUCAUCUGAUUUCUUUCUGAUUUGAACAUGCUAAAUAUCACAGAAUCCAAGAGUGAAUUUAACUGGUUUGUCUUAAAAAUCUGCUUUGAGUUAUUGCUAAUUAUUUAGCUUUAAACGGCUAGCAGUCAACUUGCAGAGUUAAAACUUGCUGCUGUAGUUGGACGUCAAUAAAGAUCGGGACGCAUCCACAAGAACAGUUUCAUUAAAAUAAAUCCGCCUUCUGCUGUUUUAGCACAUAUGGAGCAUAUUAGAAUCUCCUGAUGUAAAUUUAGUGAGAAAAAACGAAUGAAAAAGAUUUCCAGUCACAACAGAGAAUAACGGCACAAAAUAAAUUGAUCAAGCAUCAACAAAACUUUAUACACAA